CUUGUUAGCAGACGAUGUUUGUGCACUUAUCAGGAGUUCUAAUUUUUUUACAAGUUGCCUAUGCUAUUGAGCAAAGUCGAGGUGCUCUAGGUCCUCGAAUCUUUACCUUUGUUCAUGGAGAUGAAGCAGCCAAACUUAAUUUUUCUGCUGCUGAGGACUACUGCAGAAAUUCUAUUGGAAAGAAUUCAGAUUCUGCUGAUCAGGUCAGCUUUAUUGAUGUAAAGAGUUCAGAUCACCUGUCUGCACACGCAUUAUCAAAGACUAAGGAUGGUGGAUUAAUUCUACAAACCAGCCUUGCAUCCAUACAUUCUUAUCCAGAAAAUACUGCCAUCAUAAAAUGGGUAUCACAAAAAGAAAAGAACUCUUUUUGGAUUGGUGGACAGGUCACUAAAACAAUGAAUGAGUUCCUAAGGUCCAUUUACGUUCUUCACUGGACUGAUGGUAGCAAAAGUGACUUCAGUCUUUUACGUUUACCCAACCCAGAAUUAACAUCAAUGGUUGUUGGUGAACAUCGAUGUAUAUCAGUGGACUAUAGUUCUGGACAAUGGGGAGUUCACCUGUGUUCUGAGAAGAAAUACUUCAUUUGUUUAACUGUCCCAGUAUUUUACCCUGAGAAAGAGAAAAAUUUUUCUUCUCAUCCUCAGCAUAAGAAAUUCGAGACAGUGGAAUCAGUAACUGGAGACGAACUAGAAAAUAUAUAAAAACUUCAGUGGUUAUCUAAGUAGGUUGUGAACUCUUUUCCAUAUGUUAUGGCUAUAAACUAUGUG